GGCACAGCUCGGGGCGUCUCCACCAUGGCCUGGACCCCUCUCCUGCUCCCCCUCCUCGCUCUCUGCACAGGUUCUGUGGCCUCUUCUGAGCUGACGCAGCCACCUGCGGUGUCCGUGGCCUUGGGACAGACGGCCAGGAUCACCUGCCAGGGAGGCAGCGUAGGAAGCUAUUAUGCUUACUGGUACCAGCAGAAGCAAGGGCAGGCCCCUGUGCUGGUCAUUUAUCAGGAUAGCAAGCGGGCCUCAGGGAUCCCUGACCGAUUCUCUGGCUCCAAAUCAGGCAACACAGCCACCCUGACCAUCAGCGGGGCCCAGGCCGAGGACGAGGCUGACUAUUACUGUGGGUCAGCUUAUAGCAGUAGUUAUCUUCACAGUGACACAGGCAGACGGGGAAGUCUCUGUGCUGUGCCUGUGCUGACCCAGACCCCGUCUGCAUCUUCUUCCCUGGGAGGCUCGGCCAAGCUCACCUGCACCCUGAGCAGUGAGCACAGCACGUACUACAUUGAGUGGUAUCAACAGAGAGUAGGGCAGGCCCCUAGGUAUCUGAUGAAGCUGACCAGUGACGGAAGCGUCACCAGUGGGGAUGGGAUCCCCGACCGCUUCUCAGGCUCCAGCUCUGGGGCUGACCGCUACCUGACCAUCGCCAGCAUCCAGUUGAGGACGAGACUGAGUAUAUCUGUGGUGUCAGCUAUAAAACUGAUGGCCAAUACGGAUACCACAGAGACACAGACAAAGGGGAAGAGAGGCCAAAACCUCCCUCCCAUGCCCUCCGUCCCAUGA